UGUAAUUUCACCAGCACCCGUACCCUUCAAAAGCGGAACACAGUAAUGCUGACAUUACUGCUUGGCGGCAAAAAUAGGUAAGGUGACAGUAUUACCCUGGACGAACUCUUUCACAAGGACCUCUACUACUAUUAUAAGAUCACCAGAUAUAUCUACCUGCUGUGUGCAUUGAUGGAUGAGUGAAAGACAAACCUGGGUCAAUGACUACGUAACGAACUUUUCUAUAUUUUAAAUUAUGACUUUUUUUCAGUUCAUGUACGAAGAAUACACUGGCUUCUAGUGAAAAUGUUAUUUUUAUACUUUAUUUCUUUGACAGCAUUAUUCGUCAACGCGUUUCCAAGGAAUGAUAUCAAAAUUGUAAUUGAUAACGAUGCUGGAAGCGACGACGCAAUAGCAAUUUUUAUUGCCUUACUUUAUGAGAAAUAUUUUCAGGGACCAGAAGUGAUCGCUUUAACAACAGGAAACUGUAAUACAAUAGAAGAUAACGUGAAUAUUAACAACCAGAAAAUUCUGAGAGCAGCUGGAAGACAAGAUAUACCAAUAUACAGAGGAUCAAACUCUUCACUAAUCAUAACAAACACUGAAACAGAUUAUUACUUUGGUCAAGAUGGGUUGGGAGAUAAUAACGAGACGUUAACAGGACUGGUACCAGCGCAGAAGCAGGGCGCUGUCGAAACUCUUUUAGAAUUGUCUAAAAAGCAUGAAGGUAAAUUGAUUCUGAUUACUAUCGGAGCCCUCACAAAUGUAGCUUUGGCUAUAAAGUUGGAUCCUGAGUUUUUGCAACGAUUUAAUCAUCUGUAUGUUGGUGCGGCACACGUCGAAAGCGAACGUUACCCAAACCCCGAAUUCAAUGCUCGCAUGGACGUUGAAGCUUACCGUAUAUUAGCUCAAUACGCAACUCCGGAUAAAGUUACACUUGUUCCUUCCUCACAGGUACAUGAUUAUUUGGACAUAGAUCUGGAUUGGCGACAAAAUAAGCUUGGGAAAAUAAAUACGGAUUCAAUAAAAGCUAUUAAUUCAUAUGAAAGGGUAUCUUUGCCUAAAAAUAAAUCGUGGGUUUUGCUCGACCUGGCUGUUAUAGCGACAGCAUUAAGUAAUGUACCUUUAAAGAACGGGAAAGAACCUGAUUUUGUAACCGAGUACAAGUUUUCGAAGAAUGAUAUUAUUUUAUGUGGAAAUAAACGGGGAAUAAACACAGAUAAUUUUGGAAAAGAAGAAAACGCAAAUGUCAGAGUAGCUUAUAGUUUCGAUGUAGAAAAAUACAAAUCGUUUCUAAUGGAUAUAUUUACAGCAGAAUUGCGGUGAUCUUAGUGUUUUUUAAUAUAUUAUUUGUUACGUACAAUAUAUGCAAAAUUGCC